GUUGACUUCCGCCUUUGACAGGAAGACGCUAAGGAAGUGUUUAGCUAACAGCUCAUGAAUUUAUGAGUUUUAAUACAACUUACACAAUACCGCAAAUGUUUUUAUUGUAAAAUAGACUUAGUACAUAUACGGUAGAUAAUGUCGACAGCAUUAGCCGCAUGCUAACUGAAUCACGGAUACUUACGUUGGCUUGUCUGCGCCUGGUAGACAAUGUCGCUAGCAUUAGCCGCAUGCUAACUGAAUCACGGAGGUCAGCUUGGAUUGAUAGCUAAGAUGUUUAAUCAACCCCCGCAGUCCUUUCUACCUCUUUGUUGUCCGCCGAACGAUGAGCAGCUAUUUUCUUAGUGUAUUAGCCUUCAUUUCGUGGCGUUUCGCCCCAAGAAGCCGCUAUCUCGGCACCAUGCAACGUCGUUUGACGGCACUUUUAAGCCGGGUUUGGUGGAGCCAGGACUGGGCGGCGGCUAGCAUGAGCACGGAAGCACAAGCCCUCACACACGGACGCAGCAAGAUGGUGGCGGGUCUGGGCAACCCGGGGAUGGAGGCGACCAGACACAGCGUGGGCAUGGCGGUGCUGGGCGCCCUGGCCGCCCGCCUGGGCCUGGGCCAGCGUUGGCAUAGCGACAAGCAGGUGUGUGGCGACGUCGUGGUGUCCGAGACGCAAAACACGCGCCUGGUGUUGCUCCGCCCCAAAGUGCCGAUGAACGUCAACGGUGUGGCGGUGGCCAAAGCGGCUAGCAAAUAUGGCGUCCGUCCCGAGGAUGUCGUUCUGGUCCACGACGAGCUGGACAAACCUUUGGGCAAGAUGUCCAUCAAGCACGGGGGCAGCGCCAGAGGUCACAACGGAGUCCGUUCCUGCGUGUCCUGUCUUCAGUCCGACGUGAUGCUCAGACUCCGAGUCGGGAUCGGACGUCCGGCGGGGAAGACGUCGGUGGAUCGUCACGUCCUGGGCCGCUUCACCUGCGAGGAGCAAAAGGUUCUGGACUCGGUUCUGGUCCAGAGCGUGGACCUGCUGCUGUCCCAGCUGAGCCAGGAGGAAGACGGACAGUCCUCCCCCCCAGCAGGGGGCAGACGGGCGGCACACACGCAUACGUGACAUCUUUGGGAGGUCUCACUCUGAUCAUGUUUUCUUGCAAUUAAACUUUGCUGGGCUAAAGUG